AUGCGGACGGUUUCUCCUCCCCUUAUGCGACCGGCUUUUCCUUAUGCUGACGGUUUCCCCUCUUAUGCUCAUCUGGCUUUUCCUUAUGCUGCACGAGGGAAGGCAAGCUAUCGGGGAAGCCCCUUGUACGGGGUCUUCUUUUGCAGCAAGCCAUUGGAAGAUCCCAGUCGACUACACAACCUGGUCAAGAGAUUGAGGCAGAAGCAUGGCACUGCCUCAAGUGCCAAGCCUGUUCCAAUUGAGGCCUUCUUGGCUGAGGUGAAGUCGUGGCAGGCUGAUUUGCCGAAGGACUUGUCUGCUGGAGACCUGUCACAGCUGCUGGUGUUAAAGUCACCUAAGGGUGUGGUCGUCGAGGAAGGCAGGAUCUACGUCCCGUUAUCGUGCCCUGGCAUGCUGCUGCGCUUGAAAGAUGCCGCAAAGCAUCGCAUUCGCCUCAUGGCACAGACGCCAGCAGUACAAAGCUCACACGUCCAAUGCGCAGCCCGUCAUUGGCCCGUCAUGCAAGCGAUUGUGAGCAGCGAGUCAGAGGAGAACGUGACGGAGAUUUUCGAGGAUCUCUGCUGGCAUUGCAAAGACAUCGCAAACUUUGAUCUAAAGUCGCAGCUUGUCCAAGUGCAUGCCGACUAUGCGCCGGGCAUCGCUGCUGCGCGCCGCGCCGUGUUUCCAACUGCGAGACUGGUGGGGGAUUACUUCCACUACAAGCAGGCUUUGGCCCGCACCCUCCCUAAGAAGUUUGGUCAAUCAGCAAAGAAGGCACCGGGCAGAAAGAAGCCGGAUCCAGCCGUGGCCAACGUCAUGACGCUGUCGGUCAUGACGAGGUGCCUGCCGACGUUGCACCUGGCAGAUACUAUCUGGCAGGUCAUCUUUGGGGAGCUGCCUGCAGACGUGGCCAAGUACCUUCAGCGUCAGUUCUUUGCGCAGGGCACUGUGCCGUACAUCCAGCGCGUCUUCAAAAGUGUCCGGGCUCCGGCACCCAGCGCCAAGAAACUUUGGGUGCCAAGCUUCUGGGUGGGCAUCCUCGGCACCAGCCCGGGCAAUGGCGGCGGUACAAACCCCUUAGAGGCACGACAUGCAUCGUGGGAGGCGGAAUUGAAAAGUCGCACCAAGGAUGGUAAUUUUCACCUGCACCGCCACCUCAACACCAACCGGUGCUAA